AUGACAACUGAACGGUUUUUGCUGGCGUUACGACGUAUGGUUGCGAGAAGAGGCAUGUGUAGUAUUAUUUGGUCAGAUAAUGCAAAAACGUUCAAAUGUGCUAAAAAAGAGUUACAGAGUUGUUGGCGAAUCCUGGAAUCCGAAGAAACCCGUACAGCUUUGUCUGAGAAGAAGAUUCAAUGGAAAUUCAUAGUACCCAGAGCCCCUUGGUGGGGUGGAUUUUAUGAACGUCUCGUGAAAAGUGUUAAGUUGCCGCUGAAGAAAAUCUUUGGAAAUGCAAUGUUAGACGCCGAGCAAAUGACCACCAUUCUGACGGAGAUCGAGGCUCAAAUUAACAGUCGUCCUCUUACUUACAUUGGAGCUGAACCAAAUGAUUUAAAGGCCCUUACGCCAGCCCAGAUUCUCAUUGGGAGAAAUUUACAGGCGUUUCCAAGCAAAGAUACGAAAGUUACGGAGCACACUUCCAACGCCUUAAAGAAACGAUUACAAUAUCAUCAACGUUUGGUAAAUGGAUUUUGGAAGCGAUGGAAUGCGGAAUAUCUUAAGUCGUUAACCACUUUGAAGAAAUGGAUCGAUAUUGGUCGAAAAAUGCAUGUUGGUGAUGUAGUACUCGUAAGUGAGGAUAAUGUUCCAAGAGGACAGUGGCCGAAAGCCCGUGUUGAGGCAACGCAUGAAGGAAGAGAUGGUCUGAUCCGAUCUGUAACGUUACGUUUGCCCUCAGGCCGCCAUACCCGUCGUCCUGUACAAAGACUACACGUGUUAGAAACUUGUGAUGCUGACAUAGCAGCAGGACUAAAGUAA